AGCUCGGUCUCCAUCAUGGUGGCCAACGUGCUGCGCCUGUUCGCGAUACCCCAGAUCAGCUACGCCUCCACGGCUCCGGAGCUCAGCGACUCCACCCGCUACGACUUCUUCUCCCGCGUGGUGCCCCCCGACUCCUACCAGGCCCAGGCCAUGGUGGACAUCGUCCGGGCACUGGGGUGGAACUACGUGUCCACACUGGCCUCCGAGGGCAACUAUGGCGAGAGCGGGGUGGAGGCCUUUGUGCAGAUCUCCCGCGAGGCUGGGGGCGUCUGUAUCGCCCAGUCCAUCAAGAUCCCCAGGGAGCCAAAGCCGGGAGAAUUCAACAAGGUGAUCAAGAGGCUCAUGGAGACCCCCAACGCCCGGGGCAUCAUCAUCUUCGCCAACGAGGAUGACAUCAGGAGGGUCUUGGAGGCGGCACGCCAGGCCAAUCUGACCGGUCACUUCCUGUGGGUCGGCUCAGACAGCUGGGGAGCCAAGACUGCACCCAUCCUGAGCCUAGAGGAAGUGGCUGUGGGAGCCCUAGAGGACGUGGCUGUGGGAGCUAUCACCAUUCUCCCCAAAAGGGCCUCCAUAGAUGGGUUCGACCAGUACUUCAUGACCCGCUCUCUGGAGAACAACCGCCGGAACAUCUGGUUCGCCGAGUUCUGGGAAGAGAACUUCAACUGCAAACUGACCAGCUCGGGUUCCCAGCCGGAUGGCUCCGCCCGCAAGUGCACAGGCGAGGAACGCAUUGGCCGGGACUCUACCUACGAGCAGGAGGGCAAGGUGCAGUUUGUGAUCGACGCUGUGUACGCCAUUGCCCACGCCCUCCACAGCAUGCAUCAGGCGCUCUGUCCUGGGCACACAGGCCUGUGCGCGGCCAUGGAGCCCACCGACGGGCGGACGCUGCUGCAGUACAUCCGGGCCGUCCGCUUCAACGGCAGCGCAGGAACCCCCGUGAUGUUCAAUGAGAACGGAGACGCGCCCGGGCGUUACGACAUCUUCCAGUACCAGGCGACCAACGGCAGUGCCAGCAGCGGCGGGUACCAGGCCGUGGGCCAGUGGGCGGAGGUCCUCAGGCUGGACGUGGAAGCCCUGCAGUGGUCAGGUGACGCCCACGAGGUGCCCCAGUCCCUGUGCAGCCUCCCCUGUGGGCCGGGCGAGCGGAAGAAGAUGGUGAAGGGCGUCCCCUGCUGCUGGCACUGUGAGCCUUGUGACGGGUACCGCUUCCAGGUGGACGAGUUCACGUGUGAGGCCUGUCCCGGGGACAUGAGGCCCACGCCCAACCACACGGGCUGCCGCCCCACGCCUGUGGUCCGCCUGGGCUGGUCCUCCCCCUGGGCGGCCCCGCCCCUCCUCCUGGCUGUGCUGGGCAUCAUGGCCACCACCACAGUGGUGGCCACCUUCGUGCGGCACAACGACACACCCAUCGUCCGGGCCUCUGGCCGCGAACUCAGCUACGUCCUCCUCACCGGCAUCUUCCUCAUCUACGCCAUCACCUUCCUCAUGGUGGCUGAGCCGGGGGCGGCUGUCUGCGCUGCCCGCAGGCUCUUCCUGGGCCUGGGCACCACCCUCAGCUACUCGGCCCUGCUCACCAAGACCAAUCGCAUCUACCGGAUCUUCGAGCAGGGGAAGCGCUCGGUCACACCCCCGCCCUUCAUCAGCCCCACCUCGCAGCUUGUCAUCACCUUCGGCCUCUCCUCCCUGCAGGUGGUGGGAGUGAUGGCGUGGCUGGGGGCCCAGCCCCCGCACAGUGUGAUCGACUACGAAGAGCAGCGGACGGUGGACCCGGAGCAGGCCCGGGGGGUGCUCAAGUGCGACAUGUCCGACCUGUCCCUCAUCGGCUGCCUGGGCUACAGCUUCCUGCUCAUGGUCACAUGCACCGUGUACGCGGUCAAGUCCCGCGGCGUGCCCGAGACCUUCAACGAGGCCAAGCCCAUCGGCUUCACCAUGUACACCACCUGCAUCGUCUGGCUCGCCUUCAUCCCCAUCUUCUUCGGCACCUCGCAGUCGGCCGACAAGAUCUACAUCCAGACCGCCACGCUGACCGUGUCUCUGAGCCUGAGCGCGUCCGUGUCCCUCGGCAUGCUCUAUGUGCCCAAAACCUACGUCAUCCUGUUCCAUCCGGAGCAGAACGUGCAGAAGCGGAAGCGGAGCCUCAAGGCGCCCUCAGCAGCGGCACCCCCGCCCAAGAGCGAGGACGCAGAAAAUCCCAAGUAG